AUGCCGUCUCCCCCUGCUUCGCUGUCCUACUGGCCUCUCUGGUUGAGAGCCCUGGCGACCGUGCGUCGCCCGCAGCAGGACGCGAAACCGAAGAGUGCGCGUCCCCUGACGAUCCAGAACUCUCUGGCUUUCUCGUAUCAUUCUUCGUCGUCUGUCUCUCCUGAGGCUCCGCCGUUGUGUCAGCUCCGUCCCCCCUCGAAACGCCGCCUUCGGAUUUUCUCUUCUCCUCUCUCUCCUGCCUCCGAGUCUUCGCCGCGCUCUGCUGGGCGGCGCCCUGACGCCCGUCGCGCUCUUCUUUCUCCUUCCGCUUUGUCGACCUCCUCGCCUGCGCUUCGUGCUUCUGGCGGCUCAACUGACAGAAACGCACCCGUCCCCCUCCCCUCCUCCUUCGCGUUCGGCUCUCUCAGGGGCCGCCGCAGGCGCCACGCAGGCCUCAGCGUCGCCGCAUGCAAAGAGAAGGCAGCUGAAGACGCAGGGAGCGCUGGCGAACUCCCCACGGCGCAAAAACUCGAAAAACGACCUCAAGUGGCCGGCCGACGCACGCCCUGCAGCAUCACGACGAACUACGAAAACCGCCUCAAGUUCGCCUCCGCGCCAGAGAAGGUCUUCGAGUACUACGCCUCGCUGCGCGACCCCAAGACGGGCGAGCUCUUCAUGACGCGCGAGGAUUUUUUCAACUCGAUUCUUCCAUCUGCCUUCGAGUUUCCUUCUUCUCCGGCCUCGGCGGCCGCGUCUGAUGCAGCGCCUGUUUCGUUCUUCUCCUCCUCUCACGCACUGAGACGGAGAGGCAAGGACAGCGGAGAGGCGUCAAUCACUCGAAAAGACAACAAAGACUUCUGCGUCGAUCUCUCCUUUUUCGGGCAUCCGUCUUCUGUCCUUACUGCCGCCGAUGCCAAUGCCGACGGAUUGAUCUCCUUCGAGGAGUUCCUCUUCAUCACGGCGCUUCUCGCGACCCCUCUGCGGCUCUUUCGUCUGGCCUUCGAUCUGAAGCGCCGCCCGCCGACUCUCUUUGCGGGAUACGCGGAGUACACCGGACGCAGAGAGAGCGGAGAGGAGGCAGAAAAGACAGAAAACAAAGGGCAUGCGAGGCGACAUGAAGGCGACGGAUCUCAGAGGCGAGAAGGCCAUGAGAGACGAGGAAGCCCGACAGAGAGGCCGCCAGGAGAUGAGGCUGGGGAAGAACUGUACCUCACAAAAGAGGAAUUCGUUGACCUUAUGGAAACUAUUAUCAGACGGUCCGUGCGCGGGCGUAAGCUGGUCAUGAGCCCCUCUCUCUCGUGGUCGCCUUCUUCUUCGUCUCGUUCUCCAGAGAUGUCUGCGUCGCCGCCUCCGGAUUCGGCCUUCUUCUCUCUUUCUCUCCCGGAAAGCCGCACCGUGCAUUUGAAGGCCGGCGGCGGACUCCGCGGCUGCUGCGAGGCCUUCGUCGCAGGCCCGCUUGGCUCGCUGCUCUUGGCCUCGUCUGUGGAGGACGACUGUGCGCGAACUGACCUGAAGGCAGAGAAGACUCGGCGCAAGGAAACCGAGGCGCGCGUCAUUUCGUGGAGUGCGUUUGAGCGCUUCUGGGAGCAACUUCACGCAGAGAUAGUCCUGUGGGAUUGCCGGCGGGCGGGGCCUUUCCUUCGGCGACAGGCAGACGCCGCGCCAGCCCUAAAAGCACAGGAUUUCGCGAAGCUUCUCGUCGGUUUCGUGGACCCGUCGCAGAUGGAAGGCUUGUCGCGCCGCAUUCACCGCCUGUCGUUUUCGAACUGCGAACCUGUCUCUCUCGAGUCCGUUUGGGCAUUCGACAGAAUAUGCAGACAGACGGAGGAUCUUCGCCUCGCGAUUGAGUUCUGCGCGGCGUUGGAGUCGCGCGGCGAAGACGAGAAAAUCACCCCGGCCGCUCUUGAGACUGCGUUACUGGCGCUGACCUCGUCGACCCACGAAGAAAAAACAAGUUUCCGAGCUCUGGUCGGCGUUCUCUUUCGCGUCUUCAAUCUAGAUGAAAGCGGGACUCUGGAGAAAGAAGAAUUUCUUGACAUGCUCGCGCAAAGGCAGGAGCACCAUAGCGCGCCAUCGGAGAGCCGCGCCUUCGAUGUCGUUCAUGCUCUGCAGAAAAAGGUUUUUUCGGCGUUCAAAUAUCGCUAA